AUGAACAUCGGCACCCCCUCCAGCUUGAAUUACUAUGGCAACAAGCCGCAACAUAGGCACGACGCGGAGGUCUUCAUCCCCGGUCGCCGGCUUCUCAACGCUGUGCUCCGGGCUGCUGACAACAUGGUCGCACCGCAGAAGAAUGAGAGGCCAAAAAUAGAGUUCAGCGAGUUUUGGCUCUCGGUGGUACGACAGUAUACAGAGCUCAACUUGACGUUUAGCAAAGACAGGCUCAUUGCCAUCUCUGCCAUCGCACAGCGAGUCAAAGACCACUCGCGCUUCACCUACCUUGCCGGCCUCUGGGAGGAGACUAUCGCGCUGGAUCUUCUUUGGAGUACGAAGCACCCGGAGAGCGCGUUGCGUCAAGAAACUUACCAGGCGCCAUCAUGGUCUUGGGGCUGUUUGAAUGCCGUCAUCAGCAAUGAUAGAUGGGGUAAUGGGGAUUACAAAGGCUCAAGCCCAAAGACCUGGAUUUCCAACGUGCAAGCUCACGUGAAUAGCCACGUGGAAGAUAUCUCAGCGACGGGACAGGUCUUUGAGGGCAGUAGGUUGUGCCUGGACGGCUACCUGUACCCGUGCUCGCAUAUGGACAACCGCCAGCGUACCCUUUUUGGAGGGAUAGGCUGGGUGCUACAUGCAACCAACGGCGCUGACGAUGACGGCUUCUCAGCAUUGUUCCUGCCAGAUGUUGAAUCUGAAGUUCGCGCGCUGGACUGCGGACUGGUCAGACUUCUACCGGUUUUGUCAUCUGAUAUGAUGGCCUUCCAGGGCGGAAUCAACUUUUGGGGUCUUGUUCUAUCACUUUCUGGUGCAUCUUUUACACGUAUUGGUGUGUGGAGCACUAGAACGCGACCUGAUAGAUUUCCUCCCUUGAAGUCAAGUAUCAUGCUCAUAUAG